CCUCCCCUUUCAUUUUCUCUAAUAUUUAAUUCCAUUUUUUUUUUUGGUCCCAUUCUUUCCCUUCAAAGCUUCUACUCAACCCAGUUUAAAACUAAAUUUAAACAUCAUUAUUAACCUAACAACUUCAUUUUGUAUUCAGUUACUGGUUUCCUAUUGCUCAAAGUUGCUGCUGACUUUUUUUUUUGCUUUUUUUUUUUUUCAAUUUUUUAAAAACAUUUACUUCCCUCUGUUAAUUUCCUUGGUGUUGGAUGAGGAGAAAGGGACCAGAAUUUUCUUCUUCUCAGCUCAGCAAAAAAGUAGUGCUAAUAAAAAUCAAUUAGAAGCAAAAGCAGCUAGGGUUUUGACUUUGGUUGUCAAGUCUUCUUGGUAGGUGCUUCGUUUGAUUAACGGGGCAUUUUGAUAAUAUUGGUGGUUUUGCGAUGAGAAUUUUGAAUCUACGCUUUUAGCAAGUGUUGCCGUGAACUUGAUGGAUCGCUCGGUGGUCUCCGCGAUCUCAGCUUCGGCUUUUAUCUCCUUUCUUUUGCUCUUUCUCCGAUUCUUGCGCGUCUCCGGUAACGCUGAAGGUGAUGCAUUGAAUGCGCUGAAGACCAAUUUAGCUGAUCCUAAUAAUGUUCUGCAAAGUUGGGAUCCAACCCUCGUCAAUCCCUGCACUUGGUUUCACGUCACCUGUAACAGUGAUAACAGUGUUACCAGGGUUGAUCUGGGAAAUGCAAAUUUGUCUGGCCAACUUGUUCCACAGCUCGGUCUGCUCCCAAAUCUGCAGUACUUGGAACUCUAUAGUAACAACAUUAGUGGAAGAAUUCCCAAUGAGCUGGGGAACUUGACAAACUUAGUGAGCUUGGAUCUUUACUUAAACAGCUUGAAUGGUCCCAUACCAGACACGUUGGGAAAACUUCAGAAAUUACGUUUCCUGCGUCUAAAUAAUAAUACCUUGACUGGACACAUUCCUAUGACCCUAACCACUGUCCAGACACUUCAAGUCCUAGAUCUGUCGAAUAACCAGUUGACAGGCCAAAUUCCUGUCAAUGGAUCCUUUUCACUUUUUACUCCUAUCAGUUUUCAAAACAAUCAUUUGGAUCCUCUCCCUGUCUCUCCACCACCUCCAAUUUCACCAACUCCAUCAGCUCGAGGCACCAAUAGUGCUACUGGCGCCAUUGCUGGAGGAGUUGCUGCAGGUGCUGCUCUUCUUUUUGCUGCACCUGCAAUUUUACUUGCUUGGUGGCGCAGAAGGAAACCACAAGAUCAUUUUUUUGAUGUUCCUGCUGAGGAGGACCCAGAAGUUCAUCUAGGGCAGUUGAAACGAUUUUCUCUACGUGAAUUGCAAGUUGCCAGUGAUAGUUUCAGCAACAAAAAUAUUCUUGGUAGAGGUGGUUUUGGUAAGGUUUACAAAGGCCGAUUAGCUGAUGGAUCUCUAGUGGCAGUUAAAAGACUGAAAGAGGAGCGCACUCAAGGUGGAGAGUUGCAGUUUCAAACAGAAGUGGAGAUGAUCAGUAUGGCUGUCCAUCGAAAUCUACUUCGUCUACGUGGCUUUUGCAUGACACCAACAGAACGGUUGCUUGUUUAUCCUUACAUGGUGAAUGGCAGUGUUGCAUCAUGUUUAAGAGAGCGCGCUGAAACUCAACCCCCUCUUGAUUGGCCAAUAAGGAAGCGUAUUUCAUUGGGAUCUGCCAGGGGACUUGCUUAUUUGCAUGAUCAUUGUGAUCCCAAGAUUAUUCACCGGGAUGUAAAAGCUGCAAAUAUAUUGUUAGAUGAGGAGUUUGAAGCCGUUGUUGGAGACUUUGGGUUGGCUAAGCUCAUGGACUAUAAGGACACCCAUGUCACCACUGCUGUACGUGGUACAAUUGGUCAUAUUGCCCCAGAAUACCUUUCCACUGGCAAGUCUUCAGAGAAGACUGAUGUUUUUGGGUAUGGUGUCAUGCUUCUUGAGCUCAUCACUGGGCAGAGAGCUUUUGAUCUUGCACGUCUCGCCAAUGAUGAUGAUGUCAUGUUGCUUGAUUGGGUUAAAGGACUUCUGAGGGAGAAAAAAUUGGAAACACUAGUGGAUGCAGAUCUUCAGGGUAACUAUGUCGAAGAUGAGGUGGAACAACUAAUUCAGGUAGCUCUGCUCUGCACACAGAGUUCCCCUACAGAGCGUCCCAAAAUGUCAGAAGUUGUCAGAAUGCUUGAAGGUGAUGGUUUAGCUGAGAGAUGGGAAGAGUGGCAGAAGGAGGAGAUGUUCCGACAGGAUUUCAACCAUACACACCAUCCAAAUACUGAUUGGAUCAUUGCUGAUUCCACAUCAAACCUCCGACCAGAUGAACUGUCUGGGCCUAGAUGAAAUCAAGACAUUUAUGCCUUGUGUGCUACGACUCCAUAGGAGUUUAAUUUGUAUUUGAGAAAAGAUAUAGUCUGUUCUCUUUGUGCAUAUCUUUUUCUGCCCCCCAUAAUUUUUGCUAUUUUCUAUAUUUAACUUUUUCCGGUGUCAAAUUUGUAUCAUGUAAUAGGAAUUUUUGACGACAGUAACAUUGUCUAUAGGUUGCCAGCUGACGUGACGGUGUUUUGGUGCAAGUGAACACAUGCCAGGUAUCUCUAUGAGAGCACCAAUUGUACUUUACUUUUUA